UUCACUAAAAAUCUUUUUCCCGUUUGUCACCGUCCACCGCCUUAUCGUCUCCCCUGCCACGUCGGCGCUGCCCUCUUCUCUGUUCCAAUUGUGGUGUUUGACAUAGCGAAAUUCACACCAUUAAACCUCUCCCCGGACCGACUAUAUAAACCCAACCACUGUCUUUUCAAACCAACUAAAUACCAUUAAAGAUGGCCAUCUUCCUGGCACCAUCGCCGUCUAAAGUUAAGCCAUUUUCCUUCGCGCGCCCGCUUCGCCGGCAAGCGAACUGCGCGGUUCUGUCAAAUGCAGUCAAGUAUGAAAGUCCCAAGAAAUUUUCAUCAAAACUUUCAGUGCAAUUUCGCUGCGACAAGGAAAAAGGUAUAAUCGGGGGGAGAGCGUUCCCAAUUGUGAUGGCGGCGGCGGCGGUUCCGGUGCCGGACGGCGCGAAAGAUUCCGGCUUUGGGAAAAUCCCGUUCUCCGACGUGGAGGUCAAGCGUCCAAGGAAUGUGUUUUCCGGCAGGCAGUGGAAUUCUUUGGAUGUGGCCACGGCGGCGGUGCUAGCGGCCAUGCAUGUGCUCUGUCUGUUCGCGCCUUUCACGUUCAGUUGGGGCGCUUUCUGGGUGGCGUUCUGGCUUUACGUCAUCACCGGACUUCUGGGUAUCACGCUUUCUUUCCAUAGGAAUCUCUCUCAUAGGAGCUUCAAGCUUCCCAAAUGGCUUGAGUACUUCUGUGCCUAUUGUGGUGUUCAAGCCCUUCAAGGAAAUCCAAUUGAUUGGGUGAGUACUCAUAGGUACCACCACCAAUUCUGUGAUACUGAGAGGGAUCCUCACAGUCCCUAUGAAGGGUUUUGGUUCAGUCACAUGAAUUGGCUCUUUGACACCAAUGCUAUUGUUGAGAAGUGUGGAAGGCCUGCCAAUGUGGGGGAUUUGGAGAAACAGCCAUUUUAUAAGUUCAUUGAGAAAACGUACAUUAUCCAUCCUAUCCUGCUUGCGGCUUUGCUAUAUGCUGUGGGAGGAUUCCCUUAUAUUGUGUGGGGCAUGGGGGUGAGAAUUGUGUGGGUGAACCACAUUACCUGGUUUGUGAAUUCAGUAUGCCAUGUUUGGGGAAGUCAGCCAUGGAACACGGGCGAUCUAUCUAGGAAUAACUGGUGGGUGGCGAUUCUGGGGUUCGGGGAGGGUUGGCAUAACAACCACCAUGCGUUCGAGUAUUCAGCCCGGCAUGGCCUGGAGUGGUGGCAGGUGGACAUGACAUGGUAUGUAGUGAAGGCUAUGGAGGCUGUUGGUUUGGCCACUGAUAUCAAGCUGCCCACGGAAGUGCAUAUGCAAAAAUUGGCUUAUCCUCAAAAAUCUUGAUAUGAUAUGAUGCUGCUUGGCCCUCAAUGUUCUCCAACUUUAAUUUGAACGUCAUAUGAUUGAGAAAUUUGACAGUGAAAUACCAACUUAACGUAACGGUUCUUUUUCCAUGUAAUUAAGAUGUGUCGGAAUUUUGGGGCUUCUUGUAUUCAUACUUAACAUUAUUCAUAUUUUAAAUAUGGAUCAUGAUUUAUAUA